AUGGAGUUCCAGAGAGAGCAGAGAGCGAGAGCUGAAGCCGAGCGGUGGCUGAGCACGGCGGUGAAGCUACUGACGACACGUGACCUGCACGGGACUAAGAGCUUCGCGAUCCGCGCCCGAGAGUCGGACCCGAGGCUGGGCGCGGCGGACCAACUGAUCGCCGUGGCCGACACGCUCCUGACCGGAGAGUCACGGAUCCACAACAACCAGCCGGACUGGUACGCAAUUCUUCAGCUGUCCCGCCGCCGCACCCACAGCCCUGAGCUCGUCGCGACUCAGUACCGCCGGCUCGCCCUCCUCCUCAGCCCUCAGGCCAAUCGCUUCCCUUUCGCCGAUCAGGCCUUCCGCCUCGUCUGCGACGCCUGGGCCGUGCUCUCCAACCCCUCCAACAAGGCCUUCUACGACCACCACCUCAACUCUCCGCAAAUGCAUGCACAACAACCGCCGGUUCCGGAGAAGAAUGGGGUGAGUUGUGAGGCUGGGUCGGCUUUCUGGACGGCGUGCCCUUACUGUUAUCACCUCUUCGAGUACUCGAGAGCUUACGAGGAGUGUAUGCUGCGAUGUCAGAACUGCAAGAGGGCCUUCCACGCGGUGGUGAUAUCAUCACCGCCUGUGAUGGACAAUGGGGAUACCGGUUUCUGCUGCUGGGCGUAUUUCCCGAUGGGAUUAUCACCCACUGGUUUGAAAGAUACAUCAAAUUGGUCCCCAUUUUCAGCUAUCUUUGCUUGCCCGUUGCCCCCUGCCAAGAACAGAGCCGGGAGACCUAAGAAGGCUGCUCCGGGGCCAAGGGUCUACAUAGAAGACGACGAGGAUGACGCCUUUCUCAAUGACAUUUCCGACCCCAGCGAGGAAUCCGAUGAUGAGUGGCACACUGAUAAGAGGAGGAGGACGAGGACGAGGAGGAGCAAGAGAAAAGCUUCCACUUGCGCAACCCCGGCAAGAGCUUCCGAAAGAAUAAGGAAGGUGGCUCAAAAUGUCGCAGUCGCUAAUGGCGCUGCUGAUGCGUCUCCGUGCAAUGGGGAGUCCAGUAAGAGGGUGACUGCAAGAACGCCAGGUGCGUCCGCAUUGGGGAAAUUGGAUUUGAAUGUGGAGUUUAGUAAUAAUGAGGUAGAGGAGCCUGCUGCUCAGACUGCGAAUGGGGAGGAGGAUAAUAUCGAAGGGAUUGGGUUCUUUGAAGGUCUUGAUGAGUUCCUGAGCAGUCUGCCCUUACUCAAUGUUGUUGGCGAUAACAAAGGUAAAAGCUAGUUAGUCUAGAUUAAGAGCUUUUACUUUUUCUCAUUGCUCCUUUAGCUGUUGUAGUUGCGCUUCGGAAGCAUGUUGUAUUGAAUGGUGAAGAGCUUUCAAGUAUUUCGUUUAAUGCAUCUCUUAUCUGUAAUCUAUCUUUAGCAAUGAAAACUUAAUCUAACUUCGGCUCUUGAAAUGGUAGUUUGGUUCUGUACAUAGAUAUCUUGUGAUGCGAGGUUGGAUGUAACAUAUUGAGUAAAGCACCAUAUUAGACAAACAUGUAGAAUCAGUUGUGGUGAUAAAAUAUGCAGAAUCUUUUGUCAAACACAUUUCUGUUUCAGAUGUCUGCAAGGCCAUCAUUUCUCUUUAUCAUUUUUAUGAUCUACAUUAAG